UAUUAUCGCUAGCUUCUGCGUACGUACGUUCCAGUACUAUAUUUCUCGCAUUCCGAUCUGUCUCGACAUACAAAUUAACACCUGCGCGAAGCAUUUCGUGUGAGACUGCGAGAGAGCUAGCAUAUAGUAUGGCAGGCAGGGUUAUGCAUGCAGUUCAGUACGGUAGUUGUGGCGGAGGACCUACUGAUCUCAAGUAUGUUGAAGUUCCGGUUACCGCUCCAAAAAAAGACGAGGUUUUAAUAAAAGUGGAAGCAGCUGCUCUAAGUCCGAUUGAUUGGAAAAUUCAGCAAGGCAUGCUGAAGCCUAUGUUUCCUAAAGGACUUCCUCAGAUACCUGGUACUGAUGUGGCCGGCGAGAUCGUUGAGGUUGGAUCAUCAGUCAAGAAUUUCAAAGCUGGUGACCAAGUCAUUGCUAUGAUUCAUUUUUCUAUUGGAGGUGGAUUGGCCGAGUUUCUUGUGACAAAAGCGAACAUGGUAGUGAUCAGGCCAGCGGAAAUUUCAGCAGCACAAGGUGCAGGCUUACCUGCCGCAGGCCUCAUGGCUCACCAGGCCCUCACAGACUCUGCCGGGAUCAAGCUCGACGGCACCGGAAAGCCAGUAAAUGUUCUUGUCACCGGCGCCUCAUCCGGCGUCGGUCACUACGCAGUUCAGUUGGCAAAGCUGGGAAACACACACGUUACAGCCACGUGUGCACCCGAACACAUUGAGGUUGUCAAGAGCUUAGGUGCCGACGAGGUUGUCGACUGCACCACCCCGGAUGGGGCAGCUCUGAAGAGCCCGUCGGGGAAGAAAUACGACGUGGUUAUCCACUGUGCAGCGGCCACUAGUUGGUCGACUUUUGAGCCUCAUUUGGCAUCCAACGGGAAGAUAUAUGAUGUGAAUCCUACGUUAAGUACCAUCAAGACAUAUACCCUGAAGAAACUUACAUUCUCCAAGAAGCAGCAGAUCCCUGUGCUCUUGAGUCUUAAGGUUGAGAACCUGGAAAUUCUUGUGAAGUUGAUGAAGGAAGGGAAGAUUAAGACAGUGAUUGACUCUAAGUAUUCCUUGAGCAAGCCUGAGGAUGCUUGGGCUAAGAAUGUUGAUGAUGAUCAUCUUCUUGGGAAGAUCAUCGUGGAGCCUUAGGUGACAACCCUAUAUAUCAUAAAUAUAUAGGCCUGGAGUUGAUGGGGAUGAUCAAAUGAAGAAGUUGUGAAAAUUAAGGGCCAUUUAUAAAUUAGAUUUUAAAAUAUUGUUAAGUUGAUUAUGCUGUUUGAAUGAUGUAUGUUGAAGAAUUUUCAUUGUAUGCUUUAGUUGUGCGUACGUAAUAUGAUGUUUUGUCUCUGUUAUUGAUUUAUGAAUCAAAAUUAUCCUUUAAUUAAUGAUGAGGUUGUAUAAGUAAAUUA